AUGAAUCCAACAUUUGGAGAAUGGCUGCACAAAUUGCAGCGUAUCAGUGAGAUAAGAUAUUACUGUACCAUGAAGCAUGACAAAUCAGAAUCCAAAUAUGGACUUGUGUUCAUUCCUGGGACCCCUCUGCUGGUAACAAAAGACAUUCUCUACCGGUUACAGAUCUCAAAGGCCAAAUGCAUCAUAACCAAUGAGGCUUUGGCUCCCACUGUGGAUGCAGUGGCAUCUGAUUGCCCUGCUUUGAAAAUCAAACUCCUCGUGUCAGAAAAUAGGCGUGAUGGAUGGAUGGAUUUCAGAGCACUACUAAGAGAAGCCCCCACUACACAUAACUGUGCAAAGACUGGUGGUGAAGAAGCAAUGACCAUAUAUUUCACCAGUGGGACCACUGGCAACCCCAAGAUGGCUGAACAUUCCCAUGGGAGCUUGGGCUUCAAAGCCCUGCUCGAUGCCAGGACUUAUUCUGAUGUGCAAGUCUCAGAAACAUUUUGGAGUAUAUUGGAUACAGGUUGGAUCCUCAACUUAUUUGGGACAUUUCUGGAACCCUGGACAGCUGGAGCAUGCUCAUUUAUCCAUCACUUGCCAAGGAAUGACCCAAUGAUGAUCAUCAAUACUCUCUGCAAAUAUCCCAUCAAUGCCAUGUUGGCACCUCCUAUGUUAUACCGGAUGAUUCUAAAGCAAGAUCUCACCAGGUUCAAAUUCCAAGACCUUCAUUCCUGCUUCAGCUCCGGAGAGACCCUCCUCCCUGAAACUUUGCAAAAGUGGAGGAUGCAGACUGGGCUAGAUAUUAAGGAAAUCUAUGGACAAACAGAAACUGGCGUUGCUUGCAGGUACAGCUCAAAGGAAAGCAAGUCUGGCUUCAUGGGAAAGGCAGCGCCAAAUUAUACCCUCCAGAUUAUUGAUGAGAAUGGUAAUGUUCUGCCUCCUGGCACAAAAGGAGAAAUUGCUAUCAAAAUCAAACCCAUCAAACCCGUUGGCCUCUUCUCUGGUUAUGUGGACAAUGCUGAGAAAACAGCUGCCAAUGUCCUAGGGGAUUUCUGGCGCACGGGGGACCUUGGAAUCAUGGACAAAGAUGGGAAUUUCCAGUACAUCGGGAGAGCUGAUGACAUCAUCAAUUCAAGGGGGUAUCGAAUAGGUCCCUCAGAGGUAGAAAAUGCCUUGAAUGAGCACCCAGCUGUGGCAGAGUCAGCAGUGAUCAGCAGCCCAGAUGCUGACCAAGGAGAGGUGGUAAAGGCAUUUGUAGUACUGUAUCCUAAGUUCGAAUCCCAUGACCAGGAAGAGCUCAUUAGAGAACUACAGAAGCAUGUGAAGGCUACAACUGCCCCCUACAAGUACCCCAGAAAGGUGGAGUUUGUUUCAGCACUGCCCAAGACAGUCAGUGGAAAAAUCCAACGGGCCAAGCUGCGAAAGGAUGAAUGGAAGCAAACAACUAGGACCCAUGACCUCCUCAAAUCCCAGUGAUACUGCACAAUGUGGUUUUCUAUCCCCAAAAAGAGCAGGGUCCUUUUCCUUCCUCAGCCCCUAUGCUGGGACAAGUCUAUCA